AAAACUCCUCAAACAACGCCCGACCAUCCCUUCCAUGUCCUCCUCCCCACCAUCCAACCUCCCAUUCGCCAGCAGUUUCUCUCAUCUUCUUCUUCCUCUCUGUCCAUCCCUGCACCAAAAACAACGUGCACACAACCACUAAAUUCCACCCAAAUCUUCACAUACAUUCAUUCCACCACCACUAACCUCUUCCGCCGCCCCUCUUCCCCAUGACAAAACCGCCGCAUUUGCCUCCCCCGCCCCUUUCUCCAACCCCGACCGAUGCCCCAAUCCUCCAACCCGCCUCCCGCCGCCGGCGCGACUCCAAGCCCUCCAAACUCUUCCGCGCCUUCCGCUCCGCCUUCCGCUCCCUGCCCAUCAUAAACCCCGCCUGCCGCUUCCACGGCUCCGUCCCCCGCGCAACCGCCGGCGCCCACACCGACGGCCACAUCCACGGAGCCGCCCGCACGACCGGUACUCUGUUCGGCCACCGCAAGUCCCGCAUCUCCAUCGCCAUCCAAGACAACUCCCGCAGCAUUCCCUUUCUGGUCCUCGAGCUCGCCGUCCCCACCGCGCGCUUCAUGCAGGAUAUGGGCACCGGGCUGCUGCGAGUCGCGCUCGAAUGCGAAAAAAAACCCGGCGAGCGAAUCCGUCUUUUAGAAGAGCAGCUCUGGUGUGCAUUCGUCAACGGGCGGAGGAUCGGCUACGCUCAGCGCCGGGAACCCAACGAAUCCGAUCUUCAAGUUUUGCAGCUCCUGCACGCCGUCUCCAUGGGCGCCGGUGUUCUUCCGCUGAUCGUCUCGGAUCCGAAUGACGGCGAGCUUACUUACAUGCGAGCCUAUUUUGACCGCGUUGUCGGCAGCAGAGAUUCGGAGACCUUUUACAUGCUUAAUCCCGACGGCAACAGCGGGCCGGAGCUCAGUAUUUUCUUCGUGAGGAUCUGAAAGCUAUUUUUGUGAUGUUUGAUUUUUGAUUGAAGGUAUUUUUCUAUGUGCUGGCUCUGUUUCUUUUAAAUCGAAUACUUCCAUGAAGUUCUGUUGAGUGCAAAAAGGCGUGAUUUUGAUGGAGUAUUUAUGAAGACAAAUGGUGAUUCCUCCUCUAUGUCGAUGGAGUUCUAAGGAACAGAAAGCUGCGUGGAGCAAAUGAUGAUUUUUAGUCUGCUGAUCGAUCCAAUCUUUUUCUCCUUCAGAGUGGAAUUAGCAGAUAAUAUCAGCAUGGCUUGGUUGAUGUUGGUGGGCACAAAAUUGAUGUUUUUUUCUGGUUUUUUUUGAUAAGCCUCUAAAGCAGGUAUUGGAUCAUAAUUUA